GAGACUAUAGUACCGGAGCCCCGGUACUAUAGAUAGUGUAGGAGACUAGCUCUCUCUCUCUCUCUAUAUAUAUGAAGAUAUGGGGUAUUACACUUGCUCUCACUUUCCUUUUCUAUCUAUCGAAUGCGUAGCGUUCGUGAGAACAACGUACUCUUCUUCUUUUUCUUCCUCCUCUUCUUUUUCCUUUUUUUUUAGUUGGCGGAGUGGAUUUUAGGCAGCCGCCACCAUAGUUGAGGCGGGAGGGAGGGUGGAACUCUCGUCGACAAAUCCUCCCAUGUGGACUCUGAUGCUGUUUGGGACCUCUAUGAGGGCUUUGAUUUUUUGAGUUUGAGGUAGAGAGAGAUAAAUAAGAGGAAUAGAUAGAGAGAAGAAAAUCUUUAAAGAUUUAAGGCCCAGGGUAUAUUAACUAAUAAAGAGAGAGAGUGGUAGAGAGAAGCAAUGCAGCUAGACGCUGCCAUGCUCGUCGCUGCCUUGAUCCCUUCUUGGAGUUCUGUGCUACUGCUGGCAUCAUACCUGGUAUACUUGGCCGUCGCCGGAACAAUCCUCCCAAGCAAGAUUGUCCCUGGAGCCCUCCUCUCCGAUGGGUCUCGCCUCCACUACCGCUGCAAUGGUUUAGUAUCACUCUUUUUGUUGCUGGUGCUUACAGCAACUGGAGUUUAUAUGGGAUGGAUAUCUCCUACGGCUAUCGCUGAUAAGGGAGUUGAGCUAUUAUCGGCAACUUUUAUCUUCAGCCUCUUUGUUUCUUUCGUUCUUCAUGCUGGUGGCUCCAGAUCCCAUAACCAGAGUUCCUCUCUGAAGCCUUAUGUUACUGGAAACUUCAUACAUGAUUGGUGGUUUGGAGUACAGCUUAAUCCUCAUUUUAUGGGUGUUGACCUCAAGUUCUUUUUUGUAAGAGCUGGAAUGACGGCGUGGUUAUUUAUCAAUCUCUCUCUGUUGGCAAAGAGCUAUUUAGCUGGCACUGCGAACCUUUCAGUCUUUCUCUACCAGCUUUUCUGUGCGCUGUACAUUAUAGACUACUUUGUUCAUGAGGAGUUCAUGACCUCCACAUGGGACAUUAUUGCAGAAAGGUUGGGCUUCAUGCUGGUCUUUGGAGAUCUAGUUUUCAUUCCAUUCACCUUCAGUAUACAGGGGUGGUGGCUUUUACAAAACAAAGUGGAGUUACCAAAUGUUGCUGCAAUAGCAAGUUGCUUGAUUUUUGUGGUCGGUUAUCUAGUAUUUCGAGGGGCUAACAAACAAAAGCACGUCUUCAAGAAGAACCCUAAUGCUCACAUUUGGGGUAAACGUCCCAAAGUUGUAGGGGGAAAGUUGCUCGCUUCGGGUUACUGGGGAAUCACACGGCACUGCAAUUACCUCGGGGAUUUACUAUUGGCCCUGUCCUUCAGUUUGCCAUGUGGAGCAAGUUCUGUGAUUCCUUUCUUCUAUCCGAUCUACCUUCUUAUUCUACUUGUAUGGAGGGAAAGACGGGAUGAAGCAAGGUGCUCGCAAAAGUAUAAGGAAGUGUGGGCUGAAUAUUGCAAGCUUGUACCCUGGCGAAUUCUGCCCUUUGUUUACUAGCAAGUUUUUUGCAGCUCUUUAGAGAAACCGGAAUCUUAUGCGCCAUAUGUGGCUCUCUAGGGUUACCCGAACCUCCUGUGCUGUAUGCUGUAUAUUACUUCCUGAGCUCUUCGAAGUGGUGGGUUUUUUUUUUUUUUUUUUUCUUGUGCCUUGUGAAACUGGUGUUUCUUGUUCUUCCUUGAGAUCUGUUAUAUUUGGGAAUAACUGUUAUUUCUCUCCAACAUUUGUAUGCUUUUGGGAUGAGCACUGCACGAUACAAAGACCAAGGAUAUGAUGAUACAGACUUUGUAAUUUUAUUCCAACGCAGAAGUUUAAACCUUUAUAUUUGAGCGAAGAAACUGUUUAUGUCAA